UAGAGCUUUUCAGCAGGGGCAGCUUGGGGACAACAGAUAGCACUCCACACAAACUUUUCCCUGGGUGCCCCAGCAAGGACCUUUGCCUUUGCUUGGGGUCACUGGGCUCCAAGUCAACCUAGCAUGCAGUGGGUGGCAGCAAAAAAGCCCCUGGAGUCUCUGGAGGGUUUAGACCCCUGGGUGCCAGGGAAGGGAGGGAAUGGCAGGGACAGGCCUCUGGGCAGGUGAGGCCUGAGCCCAGACAGGAAAGAGAGGGCAGAGCUGAGCCAGAGGUGAAGCCAGGACCCGUGGAGGGGUCCCUUAGUGCCCAAGGAGGGGGCAGGUGGGGCAGGUGUUGGCAGAGGUUUACAGACCUGCCUUGGUGACAAGUGGGAAAAAGAGCAAGGACACGCCCAGGUGGCUUUGGGAACCCCCAUCUCCUGGCCUGUAAUGGGCACCUCUAGGGCAGGUAAGAUCAGGGCCAGGCCAUAGAUGGUCCUCCCCAACCUGUCCUUCCUUGUCUACUCCUCGCUCUCAGGGAUCUACCCACGGCCCUUCCUGGUGUGUGGGCCAGACCAGGGGGCCUUAGCCCCACCUCUAGUUAGACUUGAGGAAGAACUUCCAGGGGAAACGGGGGGAUGACAGUGGGAUGGUUAGUUGUAAAGAGGGAGGCUGUGCCUUUGUUCUGGGCCUUCCAGAGUCCACCUGUCAGCUGUGUCUUCUGGAAGGUCCACCCUGUGGCUUUGAGGACACCUUGGCAGCAGGGAUUUCUCUGCUGAGCAGGUGUCCCCUCCCCCGGCCAGGUGGCUUGCAGGGUGUUAGGGUGAUAUGGUGGCUUCCUGGGCCCCUGUCCAUUUUAGAACUAACUAGAGUGGGCAGGGGGAGGCCAUACACAUAACCCCACCUGCUGAUUGACCUUGACGAGAUCUUGGCCCAUUGGUCUCUCCAUCUGCGGCAUGGCCUGAGUGACGGAGCGGGACGGAGCGGGCUGGGCAGCCGGGACUGUGUGCCUGGCUUCCCUCCCCCUAACCCUGUCAGGCCCGGGCUGGCUGCCCACUUCUGUUCACCACAGAGCUGGGUUUCCCUGGGGACCAGUGACUGGCCCAGCCCCACACCCACUCCGGGCCCCUCCUGGCCACACUGGUGCUGGGAGGAAGGGAGGCUGAGCCGCCUCCUGGACCCCUGCCCUCCUCGCCCUGCCUCCCACAGCUGGCAGCCUUAGCCCACUGCUGGGCUGGGAACAAGCAGUGGUGGCCCUUGGAGGAGGUCCUAGAGGCAGCAGCAGCUGGGAUGGCUGCUCCAGCAUCUCCAAGGGCUGCAGGGGGUCCCACCCCAUGGGGGUCACCCUAGGCCUCUGACACCCCGCAUCUGCAUCUGCUCCUGCCUGCCCACCCAUCCUCAGGCCACUCGCCAUGGGCGGCUGCUUCUCCAAGCCCAAGCCAGUGGAGCUCAAGAUCGAAGUGGUGCUGCCCGAGAAGGAGCGGGGCAAGGAGGAGCUGCUGGCCAGCGGGAAGGGCAGCCCCCGGGCCUACCAGGGCAACGGCACGGCCCGCCACUUCCACGCCGAGGAGCGCCUGCCCACUCCUCACCCCUACCCUGGCGCCCAGGACUGUGUGGAGGCUGCCGUCUGCCACGUCAAGGACCUGGAGAAUGGCCAGAUGCGGGAAGUGGAGCUGGGCUGGGGGAAGGCGUUGCUGGUGAAGGACAGCGGGGAAUUCCACGCGCUGGGCCACAAGUGUCCGCACUACGGCGCACCCCUGGUGAAAGGUGUGCUGUCCCGUGGCCGAGUGCGCUGCCCCUGGCAUGGUGCCUGCUUCAACAUCAGCACCGGGGACUUGGAGGACUUCCCGGGCCUGGACAGUCUGCACAAGUUCCAGGUGAAGAUUGAGAAGGAAAAGGUGUACGUCCGGGCCAGCAAACAGGCCCUGCAGCUGCAGCGAAGGACCAAGGUGAUGGCCAAGUGCAUCUCUCCAAGUGCUGGGCACAGUGGCAGCACCAAUGUGCUCAUUGUGGGUGCAGGUGCAGCUGGCCUGGUGUGUGCGGAGACUCUGCGGCAGGAGGGCUUCUCGGACCGGAUCGUCUUGUGCACGCUGGACCGGCACCUCCCCUAUGACCGACCCAAGCUCAGCAAGUCCCUGGACGCACAGCCCGAGCAGCUGGCCCUGAGGCCCAAGGAGUUCUUCCGAGCCUAUGGCAUCGAGGUGCUCACUGAGGCCCAGGUGGUCACAGUGGAUGUGAGAAACAAGAAGGUCGUGUUCAAAGAUGGCUUCAAGCUGGAAUACAGCAAGCUGCUGCUGGCGCCGGGGAGCAGCCCUAAGACCCUGAGCUGCAAAGGCAAAGAGGUGGAGAACGUGUUCGCCAUCCGGACGCCAGAGGACGCCAAUCGCGUGGUGAGACUGGCCCGAGGCCGCAAUGUGGUCAUCGUGGGAGCCGGCUUCCUGGGGAUGGAGGUGGCCGCUUACCUGACGGAGAAGGCCCACUCGGUGUCCGUGGUGGAGCUGGAGGACACGCCCUUCAGGAGGUUCCUGGGGCAGCGUGUGGGCCGAGCCCUGAUGAAGAUGUUCGAGAACAACCGGGUGAAGUUCUACAUGCAGACAGAGGUGUCGGAGCUGCGGGCCCAGGAGGGACAGCUGAAGGAGGUCGUGCUGAAGAGCAGCAAGGUCGUGCGGGCUGACGUCUGCGUGGUGGGCAUUGGCGCGGUGCCCGCCACGGGCUUCCUGAGGCAGAGCGGCAUCGGUCUGGAUUCCCGAGGCUUCAUCCCCGUCAACAAGAUGAUGCAGACCAACAUCCCAGGUGUGUUCGCGGCUGGCGAUGCUGUCACCUUCCCCCUUGCCUGGAGGAACAAUCGGAAAGUGAACAUCCCUCACUGGCAGAUGGCUCAUGCCCAGGGGCGCGUGGCGGCCCAGAACAUGCUGGCGCAGGAGGCGGAGAUCAGCACCGUGCCCUACCUGUGGACGGCCAUGUUCGGGAAGAGCCUGCGCUACACGGGCUACGGAGAAGGCUUCGACGACGUCAUCAUCCAGGGGGAUCUGGAGGAGCUGAAGUUUGUGGCUUUUUACACCAAAGGCGACGAGGUGAUCGCUGUGGCCAGCAUGAAUUACGAUCCCAUCGUGUCCAAGGUGGCUGAGGUGCUGGCCUCUGGCCGUGCCAUCCGGAAGCGGGAGGUGGAGCUGUUUGUGCUGCACAGCAAGACUGGAGACAUGUCUUGGCUCACAGGGAAAGGAUCCUGAGCUCAAAUGCAGUGGACUUGGGCAGGCACAGUGGGGUCCCAGGGACAGAGGCCAAGGCCUGGGGGCAGGUGCCAAUCUCCAAUUUCCCAGGAUCCCCCAGGGCAGAACCUGAGCCCUCACAGUGCUUGCCUUCCAUCGCCUGGCUCCCCUGCAGGGAGGCAUCUGCUGUCUCCAGAAGACAUUCACCUCCCAAGGCCACUGCUGCCACUGAUAGUUGGCACUGGAGGCAGGACAGGCCCUGCCUCUUCUCCCUCUGUUGGGACGGUCUCCUGCAGGACCUUGCAACAUGUUAGACAUCUUAAAAUUAAAACGCAUACAUUUGCAGAUC